AUGCGCUCCAAGAUGCGCUCCACCAAAAUCACCUCGGUGAAACCAUCCAUAUACCCAGCAUUGACCUUCAACAUCAUCCGCGCCUUCGCCCUCCUUUCCUCCAUCGUCGUCGGCCUGAUCCUCGCUGUGUUUAUCUACCAUCUCCACGCCGACAACUACAAACUGCCUUUUGCCUUUUUGAUCCUCCUCAUAACAGCCGUCUUCUCCCUCCUCAAUGUCCUCUUCACAACAGUCAUAAACUGCAGCUGCGGCCUCUCGCCCAAACUCUCCAUAAUCUUCAACAUCAUUAUCCUCCUCCUGUGGCUCCUCUCCCUCGCCCUCCUUAGCUACAGCAUGUCCAGCACAAUCCUCACAAAAUGCACAACAACCGACUGGGGCAACUCAACCGGCAUAGCCGUCUGCCGCUCCUACAAAGCCCUCUUCUCCUUCACCGUCAUUGGCACAGCGUCUUACAUCGCCUCCGUCGCCCUGAGACGUCAUCGCGUCUACAACCCGAUGGAAAGCGCCGCCAUGCUGGGCGAGGACCCCGCCGACGUCAAGCUGGCUAAUCGCCGCAGUGAUCCGUUCGCGUACGAUCCCGACCCAACGCCGCCCGUCAUGGCGGGUGGAAAUCACUACGGUGAUGUCCCAGCCUAUUCGCAUGCUUAUUCGCAUUCGUAUUCGAAUUCGCUUGAUCAUGCGCAGGCGCAGGAGUCGUCGGGCUUUUUGGAUAAUGCUCACGCUGGGACGGGCCCGCGAGUGAGAUUUGGUUCGGAUCAUGGUGGUCAGUCUCAGUCUCAGACGCAUUAUGAUCCGGCUGGGUACCGGUGA